AUGGUGGCUUCCCUUCAACAAAAUCGGAAUGUUACUGAAAUACAAAGCGGUUUUUCUCUAAUACACGUGAGGUAAGUGUUCAAGCAAAUAAUAAUUAUUAAACUAAACUAUACCCUGCUAGUCGGCGUAAGCGUAAGUUAUACUCAAGUCGUCAAGGAAAAACUUUUUUUUCUGCAAUGACUGAACAUUAACGUUUGCUGCAGGUCUUAGGCUUUAUAUUUUUCACAUGGCCGAAAUGAACUUCAUAAAAAGUCAAGUAAACAUUGAACAAUUAGCCGGCUCAGGCUACGUGAAUAUCGGCGAAUAGUCACUGAGACGACAUCGAGGUGACUAUUCGCCGACUAUUACUAUACUAUUUUCGAUAUUCAUCAAUGUAAUUAUACUAAUAAUGGUUAAACUUAAAGACUUACGUUUAUGCUGAACGCAUUUCAUUAAUUUUAUCAUUGCAUGCCAACUUCGGUGAUCUUUUAAUACAACCAGUUUAAAAAUUUGAAUCGACAGCUUCAUGCAGUCACACAAAUUAAACGGAACUGGAGCUCAACUGAAACUGAUAAACUUAUAAUACUAUUUUUGCAAAAUUUCCGGUUACUAAAACUGUAAGAGUUUCUACCCUUCAUAUCACGUACUCAUGAGGAAUUGUAGACACCUUAAGAUGCACAGAUUCAGUAGGUGGGUAUGCCUGCCAACUCUCAUGCAUUGUGCGCGAGUCUCACGCCUGCAGACUAAAGACAUCAAUCUCGUACUUCAAGGACAGUUUCUCAAACCUGCCUCACAAAUCCAGACAAAUUGUUCUUAAAUACGUGAUGAGUGACAAAAGUUUAAUUCAAUUUCCACAAUUAAUAUUCCAGGCUUUGAAUGAUGACUUUUGUGUUCCAACAAAAUCAAAACACGCUAAAGUUGGUGUCUUUUACACCAGUUUUGAAAGUGCUCAAAGGCCGUCAGAACAUCUUCGCAAGUUUUCGUGAAGGUCCACAAGGCUCCCGAAAAUGUACAGAAAACCUCGGGAGUUCACUGGGACGGUCAUGAUCGUGGAAAGGCAAAAAUCUGACACAUUUGACCAGAAAAAGUUGGCAGGCAUAGAAUGACUUGUGUCUUACCAGGAAAAAAAGCCGGCUACCUCUUAGAAAAGAGAUACUAUUAUUGCCAAAUUAAUUUUGCGAAAUUACUAUGUUUGGCUAUCUGUUUCCAUGGACUGAAUAGAUGCAUCUUAAGGUCCCUACAAUGUCAGUAGGGGAUAAAACUUCAUCUGUCUCCCUCUCUUUACAUAUUUUGUCAUAACUGCCAUUUAAAUAAUUGCCGAUGGUUUCCUGGUAAUUUUCUAUACUAAUUUGCAUUCUAUGACAUGUUUUGAACCUUACUUGAUUGUAUGUUUAAUUUUUUUAAAAAUAUUUCUUUUGAAAGAGGUUUAAAAUGCUCUCGACUACUCUACAUGCAGCCUAAAAAAUUAAUGUUAAAAAGCUAUUUUGUUUUGUUUUUUUCUUUCACCCAAAAAGUUAUGGUAAUCUUCCAAACUUUGUUACGUCCAUUUUGAAAUCACUGGUAAUCCCUGCAAUCUGAUAGCCUCUAAACCGUUAUCUGUAUAAAGGACCUCAUUCAUGCUCUUAAUUGUAUCAUUUCUGUUCUGGGUACAAAAUGAAAUGUGGUGGCCUUUUUGUUAUUGCUUUUCAUCAAACCAGCUUCUAGAUCAAAUAAAUAUUGCCACUGGCUAAAUUCUGUGAUUUCAAAAUGGCUGUAAUAAAGUGACAAUUCUAGUAGUCUUCUUGCAUCGUGGUCUGAAAUCGUAAUAUUGUGAAUAGACCUUUUUACCGAUAUUGUGGCCAUAUUGAAUUGAAACCCAGGGGGCAUUCGCUCAGUAUUUAUGCAUGAUUUUCGGGCAAAGAGAAACAUCAAAACAUGGUACAGCCAUCUUUAUCUUUUUUCCCUUUAAGAAAAAUUGGGCCAAGAAGUGGGUGUAAAUAAUGAGUGAGUAUAUCCAAUAAUACUCAUGCUGCUUGGGCGCGCCCUGAUACUCCCUUAAAUCUAUUUGAUUAAUAUGGCUGCCAUAUUGGUGCAAAAGGUCUGUUCAGACACCAUCACAUUACUGUGCAUCAGCUUUUUUCUUUUUUUCCCUUCUGUCUUUCCUGCUUCUUGGAUCUUUCCUCUUCUUUCUUUUUUCUCCUUUUCGAUGGCUGUCUUCUUCUGAAAAAGAACAGUCCACAGUAUUUUUCCAUUAAUGGUAACUGUUCCACAUAUAUACCUGAGUACUACUUUCUCAACUUUUUUAUGUUUUUCAUGUUUUAAAUCUUAGACGGAAUAUGUAAACUUGUUACAAAAAGAUGAUAUACACACAUUCCUGACAUGGUAAAAAUGGAGCUAACAGAACUCUAAGUUGAUCCUUACACUAACUCAAAAGUUAAAUUAAUUCUUCCACUGUAAUUUAACCCUUUUUAAUUCAAGCCCUCUAGAACUCAUGCUCUUUCGAAAUAAUUUGUGUUUCAUUUGUCUAUGUAUUAUUAACUUAUCUCAUUUAAAUAACAGUUAAUGGCCUUUUCACAACAAUAGCAUGGUGAAAACUUUUUCCUUACCUUCUGCAUGAGGGGGGAGAGUCAAUGAUGUUGGGGUUGUUGAUGGGGUGGCCGCGGUUUUGAUAUUCAUGCUGGGAGGGGCAGUGGAUGUUGUGAUGGUGGAUGACAAUGUGAUGGAUGAGGUAACAACUGAUGCUGCAGUGGAUGAUGUGGUAUUUGUUGAUUUUGUGGUUGAUGAGAUGGUUUUUGUUGAUGUCGUGGAGGUGGUAAUGUGUGUUGUAGUGGUUGUUUUGACCUUUGGUGAAGUCAGGCAUGCUGCUGGUGGUUUGCUCGUUGGACUUGCACCUAUAACAUAAUGAAAGGUAGAAGAUAUCAGAAGAAAGUAUUUUUAAAAUAUUUAUUUCAAGUCAAAAAUUAUGGUCGGGUUGACAUUUUUAACGGUGGUUGAUUCUAGGUCUUUGCGUUCAAGUCCUAAUUCAUUUACAAGUUUCUCUUUUGUUUUGGGGUAUGGUAAUAUAUUCUAAUUACGUUGUAACAAAGAAGAAAUGAAAUUUAUUAGAGAUAAAAAAAUUAACUACACUACAUCAUGUCUAUGUUAUAUACAUGUAUGUUGCAGUUAAUUCCCUUGUAUAACAGGGAGGGUGGUAAGUUCAUGAAACAAUAGUAUUAAAAAUGAUAGAAAUAUAAUUUUUAUUAUUUCAAAAAGACACCUGUAAUAUUUAACCCUUUUUGAUUCAAGCUGUCUAGAACUCAUGCUCUUUCAAAGUAGUUUGUGUUUCAUUUGUCUAUGUAUUAUUAACUUAUCUCCAUUUAAAUAAUAGUUAAUGGCCUUUUCAACAACAAUAGCAUGGUGAAAACGUUUUCCUUACCUUCUGCAUGAAGCGGGAGAGUCAACGAUGUUGGGGUUGUUGAUGGGGUGGCCGAGGUGUCAGUGGUUUUGAUAUUCGUACUGGGAGGGGUAGUGGCUGAUGUGAUGGCAGAUGACAAUGUGGUGGAUGAUUUAACAACUGAUGCUGCAGUGGAUGAUGUGGUAUUUCUUGAUUUUGUGGCUGAUGAAAUGGUUUUUGUGGACGUCGUGGAGGUGGUAAUGUGUGUUGUAGUAGUUGUUUGGACCUUUGGUGACAUCAAGCAUGCUGCUGGUGGUUUGCUGGUUGGACUUGCAUCUAUAACAUAAUGAAAGAGAGAAGAUAUCAGAAGAUAGUAUUUUAAAAAUAUUUAUUACAUGUCAAAAUUUAUGGUCGGGUUGAAAUGAAUCAACUGUGGUUGAUUUUAGUUCUUUGUCUUCAAGUCUUAAUUCAUUUACAAGUGUAAAGAAAUGAAGAAGAAAUCAAAUCAAAUCAUCAUGUCUAUGUUAUAUACAUUAAUGUUGUAGUUGAUUCCCUUGUAGAACAGGGAAGGUGGUAAAUUUCAUCAUAGUUCAUGAAACAAUAAAAUUAAAAAAUGAUAGAAUAUAAUUUUUCUUGUUUCAAAAAGAGAUCUGUAGACUUAAAACAAAGGAUAGAGGGAAAUUGUGGUAUUGACAAGAGUGUUUGUGGAAAAUAAUUAUUUUCUGUCAUUGCCUCUUGUUCAUGUAAUAAUUACAAUUUUCAUUUACAGGUCUGUCGAUGGUGCAAGAAGUGAUCUGUAUUAUUGUGAACUUAAUAGCCAGGCACGUUUUGGUAGUUAUACUUCAUUUCCAUGUACCCUGAUAAAUACAUUGAAUUGAUUACCCUGAACUGUCUUGGAGAGGUCCUCUUCCGAAGUUCCACAAGGAAUGUUCCCUCUGAAUUCAACCUGCAAAAAAGAGCAAAACAGAAGGGAGGAAUGCUGUCCAGAUUAUGGCCACCCUGCCAACCCAAAGAGGGCAGUCUGUUUGUUCAACUUUGAACUGGACCAGAAGACUGAUUAAGCAUUAGUUGGUGAGUAGUGAGCUUCACUGUUAGUGUCAACUGGACAAAUUCAUGUUGAUUGUGAACUGUCCAACUCAGGCAGAUAGGGGUGGAAAUGCCCAUUGAAUUUGGAAUCUACGGUGCAUUAACGAGUACUUUACAGGCUCUUAAUUAUCUAAAAUUAUUUUGUUAUUUUUGAGAAGAGGGUGUUUAGAUUGUGUUUGUUUGGUAAAUAGACAUAAGACUCUGUAUGCAAUGAUAGUUCAUAACUGAGUCAGUUUAUAUAGAAUAAUAUAUAAUUUAUUGAGAAGUAUCUAGCUUCUUGUUGAUUUUUUUUGGUUUGUUUAUUUCUCUGUUACAUAUCAUAACUAUUAAAUUUAUAUCAUUUUAUUUUUCUAUCAAAUAAACUUUUACUAGUAUAUAAUACUAAUUUCUUCCUUUUAAUUAUGACUGUUAUACAUGUACUUUUAUUUUUAGCCUUGUUUAUGAAGUACACAUUCAAAUUAAAGAGGUUUAAGGUAUACAUUAAGCUAGUUCCUUUAGUGUCUAAAGUUAUCAUUCAGUGUUGAGGAUACCCUUUAUCUGUAACCUGACUGCAGUUAACCCAUUCACCCUGUCAGCUGACAUAUCAACCUCAUCCCCAACCUGGACCAAUAACCUUUAGCCUCCUCUCCUAGCUACAUGUUGUUUCAAUCUCGACCAUGUGAAAAAUUCUAUUACUUAAUAUUAAGUCUUCUAUAUUUACAUCUGGAGGAUCAUUGUUCUUCUUUCUUUGAUGGUGCCUUCUUGUUACCUCUUGUUAGUUGGUAGUUUGUAUCCCUACCAUGCUCUUUGGCUCUGAGAGAAGUCAUUGUGUAUCGACCAUGCCUUAACCAUUGAACAUUCCUUUGCAACUUUCCAGGUGUAUUCCAUCGUUUCUCAUUAUUUUCGUCUUGACUGUGUUCAUCUUUGGUUGUACUCUUGUCGCUUGUUUGCAAUUCCCAGUGGUUAUGACUUUGCGUGACUUUUUUUUUUUUAAGUAGCACAGUGUUAUCUACUGUAAUAAUUUAUUCAGUGUGUUUUCAUAAAUUGCAUUUUUAUAUCAAGUUCACAAUUAUUUAGUGGUUAUUUAAUGUUGAUUUAUUGUUAACUUGUGUUUUGGAUUUGGUAUUUGAUAACUUCCUACAUCAACUACUCAUUUUAGAAUUAUUACAUCGAUGUACGGUAUUUGCUUGAGGGCAUUCAGUUAACUUAAUAUUAAGAGUAUGCUUAUGCAUUAUUAUCGCUCCCUGCCGGCAUUAUUUACGAAUGUUUAACCCAUUUACCUAAUUAUUAUACCUUUUUGGUAAGAUAUCCUUUCCCUUAUAAAGAUGUAUUAUACAUAAAUAUUUUUUAUGACAAGUAAUAAUAGCUUGGAAAGUCAUCUAGUCAAAGGUCAUACUGGGUAGUCAGUGUUGUUGUAAAUGCAGUCUUUGAUUAAUUUUGUGUUACAUGUUAUGUUAUGUUCCCAAGAGCCUGGUGGCAAAGAUCCUCGCUCACGUAGAGCAUGGACACAGAGGACCUGGCUCCAUUAAGAACCCAGUCUGCGAGGGUUAUGUUCCCAAGAACCUGGUGGCAAAGAUCCUCGCUCACGUAGAGCAUGGACACAGAGGACCUGGCUCGAUUAAGAACCCAGUCUGCGAGAGUUAUGUUCCCAAGAACCUUGUGGCAAAGAUCCUCGCUCACGUAGAGCAUGGACACAGAGGACCUGGCUCCAUUAAGAACCCAGUCUGCGAGGGUUAUGUUCCCAAGAACCUGGUGGCAAAGAUCCUCGCUCACGUAGAGCAUGGACACAGAGGACCUGGCUCGAUUAAGAACCCAGUCUGCGAGGGUUAUGUUCCCAAGAACCUGGUGGCAAAGAUCCUCGCUCACGUAGAGCAUGGACACAGAGGACCUGGCUCGAUUAAGAACUCUAAG